AUGUACUCUCGCUUGCGUCGAAGAAACGACAUCGGACGUAGGGAGCGCUUGGUGGAGCUAUUCAACCGCAUGGACUGCAACGGGGACCGGAUCCUCCACGUCGGCGAAGUCAACGAAUACCUCCAACGCCAUCGCUACGAUCCAUCGGCCAUCAGAGAGUUCUGGAGAACCUUCGACUUGAACCAAGAUGGACAGAUAACCGCAGAGGAAUUCAACAUGGUCCUUGCCAGGUUGCCUGACGACAGCGUUGACAUCGAAAAGUUGCGGCGUGUGUUCACCUCGUUUGACACCGACUCCUCCGGCCGCCUAGAGGUCAACGAGGUGAUGGCAAUGCUCAGUGCCAUUGCCAACAGCCGUCCAGUCGUGGAGAGUCUCAUGCAACUCCACGGCAUUCCACCGGAGCUUGGACUCACCUUCGAAGACUUCGUCGCCUUCUUCUCUGAUCCGGCCUUCGUUUGA